UCCUCGGACAUUGGCACAGACAUCGGUGGGUCCAAAUGACGCCACCCGCGGGAGAGAAAAAAACAGGCCGAAUAUAUUUUUACAUUUUAUUUACAUUUGUUUUUAAAUCAUUUUACGGAGAAAAAAGGAAAAGAUGAGAAGCAGGCCUACAUGAAUACAACCUUUGUUGACGGAGGAACACAUUUCAAUGUAACACCGACAUCCGCCUUCAACAACCCGAGGAGGAGACGAAGAAGAAGUAAACAGCGGAUAUAUUUGGCUAAUUUCUAAUCAGUAAUGUUUGAUUGAUUUAUUUAUGUUCGCGGCAUUUUCUCCUGCUUUACGACCUACUGAGGUGUUUACGUUACUUUACUUUACGACCUACUGAGGUGUUUACGCUUGAAGAGCUGCCCUCAGACGUGGAACAUCUAACCUGCAGACCCUGGUUGCGUCUCAUGGCCGGUGACAGUUGAGUUCAACGACUCUGGGUUCUCGGUGUCCGGUGACUCACCUCCUUUCCUCCGGACCAUCGGGAGCGACGCGUGCAAGGGACAAGGUCAGGCCCCUGCAGACCAGCUUGGUUUUAACAGUGAUGUCAUGGCUAAAGAAGCGCUACAGUGACAUCAGUCCUGUGACCCUGCAGGUGGUGGGCGGAGCCCUGAGCUCAAGCCUGUACUGUGGGGAGGUGGAGGGUCUGUCGUUGGCGGAGUCCUUUCUGGUGGAGCUUUAUCGCUGUAAAAUCUGUCAGUUCACCUGUGGGCUAAGGGCAGGCAUCAGCAGCCAUCUGCUGCUCCGCCAUGCCCCACCCACCCUCACCUGUCUAAUCGAGUCUGAUGGACAGGAGGCGGGGCUUGAAGCCAGGCUCCAACAGACAGAGUCGCCCUACCAGCUGGAUCUAGGUGGAGAGUCAAAGCAGAGAGAGGAAGAUGAAGAGUUUCUGCUCUACGACAUGCUGGAGGACAUGAGUCCGCCCACCUGUGACAUCAGCUCUGAGGGGGGUCUCCAGGUGUCACACACCUGUGAGGUCAGCACUCUCUUUGAGGAAGAAGAGGAGUCCUCCAUCCUCCCCCUGAAGGGAGGGUCGGUGGAUCUGUCCUGUCCCAUCAACCCCCCCUCCACCCAGGAGGAGAUGGAGCAGUCAGCUCACCUCAUGACUCUGGGACUGUGUCGGAUUUCUGCUGUCAAACCUUCAGGUCCUCUCCCAUCGGUCGAGCCCCUUCUCCCACAGCUAAGCAGGACAGGUGGACAGACAGUGACUCAGCCCCCUGACCGCCACAGUCUGCUGUGUCUUCUGUGUCCUCUAACUCUCCCGUCCAAAAGGCUGCUGGAUGUCCACGUUCGGUCUCACCGGCCUGCUGGUGGCUUUGGCUGUCCCCGCUGCAGGUGGACUGCAGACAGCUGGGAGGAGCUGGAGCACCACUGGAGGAGCCACAGCAGGAGCGGGAAGAGGAGGAGAAGGAGGGAGGGCCAGGAGCAGCAGGGAAAUGGAAAGAGGAGGAGUUAUCUCAAGAGGAACAGGAAGUCAGAAUUACAAAGUGCCUGCAGCAGAUCCUCAGACAUGUGGGGCGGGCAGCUAUUUGUACCUGCAGCAUCAGAGGAGGUGGAGCUUCCUGACAGCCCCAUUCCCAGUCAGACCAGCACAUCUCAGACUGGUUCUUCUCAGAACAUCUUAAAGGCACCAAGGAUGUUGAGCAGAAAAAACAGUAAUGCGGACUCUACAAGAGGUCAUGACCUCUGCUGCUCACACUGCCACAGGAAGUUCUCCUCUAAGCUGAUUCUAAAGCGUCACCUGGGUAUCCAUGUUGGAGAGAAACCCUUUACCUGUCCUCACUGUUCAUACAGCAGCAGACUGAAGGCUUCACUGCUGCAACACCUGAGAACUCACACAGGUGAGAGACCAUUCAGGUGUUCUGAAUGUUCGUAUGCUUCUAUUGAUCGCAGCUCUCUGCUGAGACAUUGUAGAACUCACAGUCAGGAAAAACCGUACAAAUGUCAGCUUUGUGACUACUGCAGACUUAAACCUACAGAGGGAAGGUGCCUGUCGCAUAUGGAGGGGCAGCUUGUGAGAUGGCACGUUCACCCCAAGAUUUAUAGCGAACCUUCAGAACAAUCAGCAGCAGCUGAUCAGCUGAACAAAGGGCACGAGUAGGUGUGUGGAGAUGCAGCAGGUCGGCCAGCAUCCAGAAGAAGGGUUUGGACCUCCACACACGUCGCCAUCACUCUGGACUGGCAUUUCCAUGUCAGCAGUGCGAGUAUUCAAAUCCAGACCGACAGCUACUGCUCAAACACAUUUGUAAAAGACACAACCCUUCUC